CCAAUUCCAGACACAUCCACGUCAGAAGGGCACAUAGAAUUCAGAAGCCUGUGGAAAACAAAGUUAACAAACACAAAACGCAAGCAAAACACGAAACAUACAAAGAAAUUCACAAAUUCUACAUUUUAAUUCUAAUUCUGUCUCCUAUUAUCACUCAAACCCAUUUCUCUAAAAUCUCUUCUCUCUACUCUCUCUGUAUCAAUUUCUCUGCAAAAGAAAAUGAUUCUGUAAAAUGUGCACGACAAGAAGGGAAUGUUCGUUCAGUUCAGAGACAAUGGAGCAAAAUACUGGAAGUUUCCGUCGCAAUAGAACACAACCUUCAGAGCAUUCUACAUGUACUGAUAAAGAAAAUCAGUCCAAAGAAAAAGAUAUGGGCACUUCCGUAUAUGUCAAUCAUGCUGCAAUUGCCUGGCAAGAGAGUAGAAGAAAGUGGGUGGGGGAUCCAUCUCGACGACCAAAAAGAAAGGCAAAGGACCCAAUUAUAAGUUGGUCCAUGGCAUAUGAAGAUCUGCUCUUGACUAAUGAGCCUUUUCCCGAGCGAAUUCCUCUACCUGAGAUGGUAGACUUCUUGGUUGAUAUUUGGUAUGAUGAAGGCCUUUAUGACUAGAUAGCUAAUUGAUAGUGUUUGAGUGAUGGAAUGGAGACUGAUGGAAGGUGGAUACACUUGAACACUUAACAUUCCAAUUACACAGUCUAUUUCUUGUAGCCUAUUCUUCCAUUUACUUCGAAUUAACACGACUCAUAUAGUCGGAUUUUUUAGAAAGUCCCCACGUUGGUGGGGGGGUGUUCCUCUAGAAUUAUAAAGUUCACAUUUUAUUGAAAAUUAUAGCUCUGAAUUAUAGCUCUCAGAUAUUAAUGUAUCUCAUUCAGCUUUUACCAUUGAUGGAAAUUGUGUUGUAUUUGUCACUUGCAUCAUCAGGAAAAUACUACCUAUUAGAACACGCUUUGUAAUUCUUCUGUUAUUUGUAAUCUUUUUAACAUAGUUCUGUUAUUUGUAAUCUUAGAAGUAUGUUAUUCUGUC